AAGAAAUUAUUUUUUAUUUGCGCUCUGGUAAUAGUCCGACUACUAGUAGUUUUGUUGUCACAGGACCCCAGGAAGCAUGUUUAGACGCAUGGCGAAAUGUUUACUAUUACUUAGGUGGUAGCGGUCGACAAGAACAAAUGCAAAUAAAUUAGCUUAAGUAAAUGUAUAACUAGUAAGAUAAUAUAUCGAUUAACAAGUGCAGCAUCCGCCUAGAGCGGCUAAUAAUAAUAAUAAUAAUAAUAAUAAUAAAAACCCUUGCAAGAUAGCUGAGGUAGUUAAUAUUCCAGGUAACGUUAACAGUCGAUAGCUGUGCAGAAAAGACUUCAACGAGUUGUGAGUUUUAUACAACGUUACAUUAAUUUGUAUUGAUACAAUUAUGGCACCUUCACUGGUAGUUCCAGUCAUUGAUGUUCAGAGUGAUAAUUUCAAAGAGCUUUGGCCUGCUAUGGUAGUGGCCAUUAAAACUUGCUCGUUCCUUGCACUGGACACGGAGCUGAGUGGUCUUGGGAACAGGAAGUCCUUGUUGGCUGAAUCUAUAGAGGACAGAUAUAAAGCCAUAUGCCAUGCAGCUCGCUCUCGCUCCAUUCUCUCCCUGGGAAUUGCCUGCUACAAGAAAUUGGACUACAAGGCUGCAGACACAUACCUGGUCCAGGUGUAUAACCUCACAAUGCUGUGUUCAGAGGAGUACAUCAUAGAACCCCAGUCAGUCCAGUUCCUGGUGCAGCAUGGAUUUGACUUUAACAAGCAGUAUGCUCAUGGAAUCCCUUACUGCAAGGGCAAUGAUAAGGGAGGAUCAGACGACCGGGGUGUCCACAUCCGGACAUUAUUCACGGAACUGCUACGUGCCAGGAAACCCCUGGUGCUCCACAACGGCCUCAUUGACAUGACUUUCCUUUACCAGAGUUUCUAUGCUCAUCUGCCUGAGCGCCUGGCCACUUUCACAGCCGACUUGUCUGAGAUGUUUCCUGCUGGCAUCUAUGAUACCAAAUAUGUCACUGAGUUUGAGCUCCGGCUCACUGCCUCCUAUCUAGAGUAUGCCUAUAAGAAAUGUAAGCUGGAUAACAGUCGUAGUGUUACCUCUGGGGAUGUCGGACCUCACAUUCAUGUGGAGUUCUGUCAGUAUGCCGGGCACAUGUCCAGCUAUGUGGACUACAGAGCGUGUCCAGCCGUAGCCUCUGCUGAGGGACAGGCUGACAUCUGCCAGCGCUUCUCUGCGUUUGGUUGGUGUCCAAAUGGCACUCAGUGUCCAUUAUCCCAUGACACUGACCUUAUCAUUCUCCAGGAUGAGAAAGGCAAGAAUGACAAGAGGAAAAAGAGGAAGAGACAGAGGGAGAAGAAGAGAGGUGGAGGAGAGGCAGCUGAAGGCUCUCAUAUAUUUGAUGGUGCCCCGGAAAACAAAAUACCCUGCAUGGAGGUGGGUCCUGAAGAAACAGCAGCUGACCAGCAAAGGGCUGAGCCGUGCCGUGAAAGUGGACUUCAGAUGGACAGUGGAGAAAACCCCCAACAGAAUGAAGGAGAGAGUGUGAACACAGGCAGUGAGGGGAACAGAGCAUGUGAAGGCAACACUGACAUCACCAGCUCUGCAACUACCACAGCUGAUGACACAAAAACCAACGCAAAUGAUGUGGAGAGCAGAAGAGGAGAAGGAGGGAGAGAAAAUAGUGGCCGUGUAACAAAGACUGAGAGUCAGGAGAAGAAGACUGACACAGGAACGCACCGAGCGGGGUUCGAUGCCUUUAUGACAGGAUUCAUCUUUGCCUACUCAUGUACCCUGGUUAAAAAGGAAGGAAAGGGAGUAGCUGUAGAGGAGCAGGAGGAAGAGGAGCAGUCAUGGCUUCCCAACUGUCUCAAUAAAGUCUACCUUAGUGGCAAGGUGGCUCCUCUCAACGUGGUUAAAAGCACCUUCUCCAAGUCGUCCAAAGCCCACGUGCAGAAAAUGCAGAUGGUGUGGGCAGGGAGAAGAUAGCGUGCACGCUUACACACAGCAGGGAAAUGAUAGGUCACACAAGUGUCAGUUUAAGUUUUUACUCAACACGGUCUCUCCACCACACUGGUCUAGACUCAGAUAUCUCAACAACUUUAAGGUGGAUUGCUGUGAGAUUUUGACAUACAUGGUCCCUGAGGAGGAAUCCUUCUGACUUUGUUAAUUUGCCGAUGUUACUCCAAGAGGUUGACAUUUUUCUUUUUUAGCGAAAUAUCAUUGCAGCUACUUGAUGUAUGGUGGCUUGAUCUGGUAGCCAUGUCCAUGUCCCCAUAAGAAUGAACUUUAAUAACUUUGGUGCUUCCCUGGCUUUGCAUAUAGAACUGAAUUUGUCCAGUAGUUUGCUUUAUGGUCAGAUAGCUCCCAAACUAAUUAUACAGCCUAUAUUAACAUUUUAGUAUUUAGGUUAAAACACAACUAUGCUUAAGCAAAUUCUAAAAGAGCAACAAGUGACAUGUUUUCUGUGGAUUUCUGUAAAUUUUCUAAGGUAAUGGUCACUUUAGGUUUGUGGCAAAGAAAACUGCAAUAAUUAACUAGCAGCCAUUUAAUAUGUAAAGCUGCCCACUACUGUAUACGUUGGUCCUACGUUCUGCAAGUAGUUGUUACUUUUCCUGGUCACAGAUUAUAGUAAAUUAAAUAUGUGUUUUUGACUGUUGGUUGAACAGAAUAGGAAACGUGAUGCCAUGACCUUCUGCCCCAGGAUAAUGUGAUGGGGAUUGUUCAGGGUUUUCUUGUGUGUUAAAGACGAAACAGUUAUCGAGAAAUUAGAUAGAAUUAUCAGUAAUAAAAAUUUAGUUGGAGCUCUAAUAGAAAAAACAUGCAGUCUGACAGUGUUGAGUGUAGAGACAUGAAAUGCAGUCAGUUUUUUCAUCCUUGAUUUGUUUUAGACUCCCAUGUUGUUUUCAGUUAUUUAGCAGUCUGAUCUGGACUGUUGACCUUCUAACUGUAGAAUUCAAAACAUGGGAAAAGAAUUAACAGUGACAUUAGUGACCUAUGACUGUAAACUCAGCCAUAAACUGAAAUGUUAAAGGACCCCUUUUCAUUUAAAUAGCAUUGUGUGUCUGGAAACAGCCACAGAGAGAUGAUGGUUAAUAUACAUUCAUCCUGAAUUCCAGAUUUUUAUAAUGAAUGAGCUUUAUGAUGGACAGGCCAACAGACAGACAUGUGCACCCACAGCCUCUUGUCUCUAGUGUGGCUAAAGGUACCUCUAAGUUUUAAUACUCACACUGGUAAGCUGAUGCAGAUGUGUCCACA